UUUUUUCCCUUAAUUUUUUUUUCCCCCCAAAAAAAAAAAAAAAUGUCUGUCCUCGAACAACUCAAGAACUUCACUACUAUUGUUGCUGAUACUGGCGAUUUUGAAACUAUUGCUCAAUACAAGCCCCAAGAUGCUACUACCAACCCUUCUUUAAUUUUGGCUGCUGCUCAGAAGCCUCAAUAUGCUCAUCUUAUUGAGGAUGCUAUCAAGUAUGCUAAGUCUAAGGAUGUUUCUGAUGCUGAAAAGCUUGAAUUGGCUACUGAUAAGCUUUUAGUUAACUUUGGUUCUGAAAUUUUGAAGAUUGUUCCCGGUCGUGUUUCUACUGAAGUAGAUGCUCGUCUUUCUUUUGAUACUGAAGCCACCAUUUCAAAGGCACUUGCUCUUAUUAAAUUGUAUGAAGAGAAUGGUGUCAAUAAGGAACGAGUUUUAAUCAAGAUUGCCUCUACUUGGGAAGGUAUUCAAGCCGCUCAUGUCCUUGAAACAAAGCAUGGUAUUCAUUGUAACUUGACUUUAUUGUUCGGUUUCGCUCAAGCUGUUGCAUGUGCUGAAGCCGGCGUCACUCUUAUUUCUCCUUUCGUGGGUCGUAUCCUUGAUUGGUAUAAGAAGAACACGGGUGAAGAAUACACAAGUGAAACUGAUCCUGGUGUCAAGUCUGUUACCAAGAUCUAUAACUACUACAAGAAGUAUGGAUAUAACACCAUCGUCAUGGGUGCUUCCUUCCGUAACACGGGUGAAAUUGAACAAUUGGCUGGUUGUGAUUUCUUGACCAUCUCUCCUGCUCUCUUGAGUAACUUGCAAGCCGAGCAAAAGAGCUUGGAACGUAAGUUAAGUAAGGAAUCCGCUGAGGCUUCCUCCCUUGAAAAGGUAUCUUACUUUACUGACGAAAAGGCUUUCCGUUGGGAAAUGAACCAAGAUGCUAUGGCUACUGAAAAGUUGUCAGAAGGUAUUCGUAACUUUGCUAAGGAUGGUCUUAAGCUUGAAAACUUGUUGAAGGAAAAGCUUGCUUUGUAAAUAUAUAUUCCCCCCUCCAUACUCACACACUUAUGAAAUUAUUUUAAAUUUAUUAUCUGCAUCUUUUUUUUUUUUUUUUAAAGAAAAAAAA